AUUAAAGAUAGUUUCGUUGUCCCUCGUCAUGGGUCAGCUGAUGCAGUAAGCACACAGUAUUAGAUUCCUCCUAAGUCUUAACGACCAUUAGAGCCAUGGCUGGGAGGCAUUGGCGAGAAGCAGCGUCACUCAUCAUUGUUGGACAGGGAGCCUCUGUAAAUACCAAGAUACAAAGAUUCCGUACAGAUUAUGAUCUACUUUUUCUCAAACGUAGUGGGAAGAGUUCUUUUCUACCAAAUGCUUUUGUUUUCCCCGGUGGUGUAACUGCAGCAUCAGAUUUUUCCCAGGACUGGCUUAAUGUUUUUAAAAAGUGUGGCUACUCGGCACCUGACCUAAAAAAUGAAUUCAGAAAUCCAUCACCACUUCCAGAGAUUUAUGCUAACAAGCCACCUCACUACAUCUUACCAGAGGUUGGGUUCAGGAUCACAGCUAUACGAGAAACAUUUGAAGAGUGUGGCUUAUUACUUGCCACCCACCAUCUUGGGAGUUCUCUUGACCAACAUGAGUUAGAGCAAUGGCGUAAAGCUGUCCACAAUGAUCCCUCUAAGUUUCUGGCAAUGUUUCAAGAGUUGGGUGGGUGUCCAGCAGUUUGGGAUCUUCACGAGUGGAUAGAUUGGUUCACACCAAUUAAUUGGAAGAACCGGAGAUUUGACACAGCUUUCUACAUAACCUUCAUCAAAAAUAUGCCAAAAGUAACCAGUGAUAACAAAGAAAUUGCUGCUGUUCAGGUGUCAUCCCCUGCAGCUAUUCUAGAUCAGUGGCACAGACAAAAUUUGAUGCUGCCUCCACCGCAGGUAUAUGAAGUAAGUCGCCUCCUGAAUUUUCAACGAUAUGAAGAACUAAAAAGGUUUGCCUGCAAACGUGGAAAAUUAGGAUUGGAACAGUAUUUUCCUGUGUGGAUUAAAGCCACUGAUGGAAUUAUUGCAGUCCUGCCAGGUGAUGAUAUGUAUCCAGAAGACCCUGAUUAUCUAGGAGAAAAGGAAAUCCUUCAAGUGGAUUUCACAAUGAAAGAAAUGCGGGAAGCAGCGACACAUUUAAACAGGCUAGAAACCAAGUCCCUCUAUGAAGUAUGUUGUGUUGUGAACAUAGAACCAAAGUAUGGACAUGCUUCAGCUAAAAAUUUUGCACAGGAACUAUUGACAUCACAUACGGUACAUAGUAGAAUGUAAAAAGUACUACCCAGCUAUCACAGUAUUGAUCUCUGAAGGUUGUAGUAAAUGAGAAUGGUCCAUCAGUCUCAAUCAGUAUACUGUACCAGUAGGUGCAGAGUAGUGCUUGUCACAUUAGUCACCAAAAUUUAUAUACAUGUAGUACAUAUUUUUCGAGAUUUAUUGUUUGAUUAAUCCCUCUAACCACAUAAAAGGACCCCAAUGGAAAUAAACUUAUAAUGGUU